AUCCAGCCCACAGAUCUGUAAAAACUGCAGAUCUCCUCGUUCGUCCUCGCCAAUUCUCUCUCCUGGAAAGCAGGCAGCAAUGCUCUCCCUCCCUUCCUCCGCCCGUCUUCCUCUCCGCUCCUCCCUGACCUCCCUCUUCUUCUCCACCACCUCCUCCUCCUCCUCCUCAUCAAGCCCUCCGCCGGCCCCCCUCGACCCGGACGCCGUCCUCGACACGCUGUCCAGCUACGCCAACGACUGGCAGCGCGCCCUCGAGUUCUUCCGCUGGGCCACCUCCGCCUCCUCGUCACCCCUGCCCCCCUCCGUCCUCGCCCGCAUCGUCGACAUCCUCGGCAAGCACUUCGAGUUCCCGCUCGCCCUCUCCCUCCUCCCCUCCUCCCCUCCCCCCGACACCAAGGUCUACAACCUCCUCCUCCGCGGCUGGCUCAAGGUCCGCCGAUGGCGCCGCUGCCGCGAGCUCUGGCUCGACAUGGACCGCAACCGCGUCCCCAAAGACCUCCACUCCUACUCCGUCUACAUGGACGCCCUCUCCAAGUCCGGCAAGCCCUGGAACGCCGUCCGACUCUUCAAGGAGAUGGCGCGCAAGUUCGCCCCCGACGCCGUCGCCUACAACACCGCCAUCCACGCCCUCGGCCUCUCCCAGGGCGCCGACUCCUCCAUCAGGCUCUACCGGGAGAUGCUCGACGCCGGGUGCCCCCCCAACGCCGCCACCUACAACACCAUCCUCAAGCUGCUCUGCAAGGAGGGCAGGUUCAGGGAGGCCUACUCGUUCGUCAGCCGGAUGAAGAAGCACGGGUGCGAGCCGAAUGCGCUCACCUACCAUUGCUUCUUCCAGUAUCUGAACCGGCCGCAGGAGGUUCUGGCGCUGUUCGAGCGGAUGCUCGAGAGGGGGUGCCGGCCGAGGACGGACACGUACGUGAUGCUGAUCAAGCGGUUCGGGCGGUGGGGGUUUCUGCGGCCGGUGUUUGUCGUUUGGAAGAAGAUGGAGGAGCACGGGUGUAGCCCCGAUGCCUUCGCGUACAACACGCUGAUUGACGCCCUGCUGCAGAGGGGGAUGGUGGAGAUGGCGAGGAAGUACGACGAGGAGAUGCUCGCGAAGGGGCUCUCGCCCAAGCCGCGAAAAGAGCUGGGGUCUAAAAGGUCGGAUGAAGACAAUGUGCUAAGUGGAGUCUUUUGAGGGGUGUGGGUGUGAGUGAGGAUUAUCGUCUGAUCUUCGCACUCUUUGGCGGAAGAAUAGAUGGGGAUGCUGAAUGAGGCUAACAUAAACAUUUAUAGGUCGUAACUUCGGGAAACCGAGGGAGAAGUUAGUUUGCCUUGUGCAUCCUUUAUGUAACGGCGGCCGUUCUUGACCAGUCAUUCUGAAGUUUUGUUUGCUGGCUGGCGGAUACGGGGUUUUCCUGAUAUAUUUGAAGAAUUGAGCUUUCAGAGAAAUUCUGUGGCAGAAGAGCAGAGGGCAUAUCACGUUGGAGAGGACGGAGUGAUCGAGGCGUCUUAUACGAGCGGAAACUAAGAAUUAAUGGCAUGAAAUAACGUCUGCAGUGCUAGCGGGCAACAAGAGCUCUUACUCUAGUGCGGUGAAGUGUUAUAAUGGCUGAACAAUAUGAUAUCAGGCAAAUUGAGUUAACUCGCACAUGGUGCAUGUCGAAGAGUUUUUCACCUUACAUCAUGAGGUAUGCAAUUAUAGUUGUCCUUUAUUUUAUUUAUCAUAUUGGGCCCUGCUAUAAAGAACCGGUGACCUCUCUGUUUUCCUGAUCUGAAACCUUGUAUGCUUCUGGCAUAUUGGGAAAAUGAAAGAAAGAUAGACAUCAAAGGCCAUAAUGUUUAAUUCCAGGUCUUAUUUUUAAUCUAUAUGUUCAUUUCUUCAUGAAAAUAACAGUUUUCUGAUAGACGAAAAGCAGUACCAGUGUACCUUACUCUUUUUGUAUGGCGUCCUUUGAUCUAUGUGGCGCAUUAUGUCUCAGACAUGUUGUAGUUUUCUUCAGUUGAUUUUACAUUCUUAAACUGUCAGAUCCCCCAUGCCUUCACAUGUCAAAGGGUCGAUGGCAUCGUAUGGAAACAUUAGCAAUAGAACAACUAAUGUGCAGGUACAGACUCGGCAAUUGAUAAUGUUGGAGACAAUAGAUUGAAGGUCUAUACACUUUUCUCAGCUCAUAUGCAACUGUUAAGAAGAAAUAAAAUGUAUCUAAACAUAUAUAUGCCUGCCAAGGUGAGGAAGAGAAGGAAUGUUAUCGUUCGCAGUUUUCUUCAAACUUGAAGAAAAGAUCAAGUGGGCGUCGAGCAUCCCCAACUAUAUAUCAGGAAGUGAGUCCGCUCUGAGUGUUACAGUCGGUUGAAUGCCUAAUAUUAGAUGAAUCAAAGAUUAGUUUGUGCGAGGAUUUGUGGUUUAAUCCAAGCAAGCAUUUGCUUGCAUUAGAGUUUGAGUGGGUUUGUGAUGUGUUGUUAAGCUUUACUGUGUUUUAUUUGUGUUUUAUUGUGUGUUUAUGGGAUGUAUAAAGCACCAUAUUAUAGAGAGUAUCCCGAGUCAUUGGAUGAAUAUUCUCACGUAAAAACACUCGUGUUGUUAUUUUCUGUCCUUGUUAUUGUUUGGAGAAAGAAGUUCAUAGUUUUUUC